UCGUAUUCAAGAUGCUGCAAGCAUUGUUUUUAAUGGUAUCUUUAGCAUGUUUUGUAAAGGGAACACCAAUUAUUCUUGUUCCACCUUCACCAAUUAAUGCAAGUCUGGGCUCAACUGCAGUGUUUACCUGUGUGUGUCAUGAUUGUAUUGGACAAUAUUGGCUUGUUAAUGGUAUGUCUGCAGCAUAUCAGGAAAUCCAAGAUAAAGGUGUUUUGCCAAACGGACCGAACAUUUUUCCCAAUGGCAGUAAGCAAUAUAAUGUAUCAGUGCCUGCAACUGUUCAGUGGAAUGAAUCAACAAUACAGUGUGUUGUUCAUAAUUGGGAAUAUUUCCCUGAAAGCCCAAUAGUACAACUGAUGGUGCAAGGUUUGUUGUCAAAUGUUACUGCUACAGUGACACAAAUUAAUAGCACAACAUUAUUACUUAAAUAUGAAGCACCAUAUACACUAACAGGAAUACCGAUAUUAUAUUAUACUAUAGUAAUAUCAACAACUGAUAUGUCAGUUAAUAUUACUGAUACACAGUACAAUUUAUAUCUUAAUGAGUUUUGUUCCACUUAUAAUAUUAGCAUAACACCAUGGAAUAUUGUUGGUAAGGGCAAUACUACCAUGCUGUCAGGCAUCAUAUUAUAUCAAACUGCAGUUACUACAACACCACACUUUAUUGAAGAGUAUAUUGGAACUUAUAUUAUAUUUCAGUACAACAAUUACUGUAUUGGAACAGUGCCGCAAUUGGUUUUAUUGCUAAUAAAUGAGCAAGAAUAUCAUUGCUCAUUGGCAUCUCCUACUACUAAUAAUUGCACUGUUACUACUGGAGAUAUAAAUAACAAUGUUAAUGUUACCAUUAAUAUAAGUGAAGUAUUGGAGUAUGGAGCUAAAUACACUGUUAAAAUGUCACUUUUUACUAUUAAUAAUGUUGACUUUAUUCACUCUAAUGAUUUCACAUUCAAAUUCAACACAUAUCAUGUCAUUUCUGCUGCUAUAUUGUCAAUUAAUGACUCAGCUGUUUGCCUCCAGUGUAUUUUUAGAAAUAAUUCCCAAUCAACAGGUUGCUAUGGAGUAUUUAAACCAAUUAAUAACACUGAAGGAGGAUCAACAACAGUAUAUUACAAAAUAAUAAAGCCACUGAUGGAUACAGUAGCUAUUGGUUGUGCUAAUACAUUGCCUAAUGGAAUGUACAGUGUAUCAAUAUUAGAUGCAUUGAGUUAUCAAGAGGGAAGAUUCAAUAACACAGCCAUCAAUAUGUCAUCCAUAAUAAUUAUUAAUAACACUAUUAUUACUGAUGCCGGCAUUACUAGCAGUAGCAGUGUAAUAUUUAUAUCCACUACAAUAUAUGGUAAUUUGAAACUGAGUAUUUUUAAUUGUGUCAAUUUUUUAUAG